CCUCAGUUGCAGUCAUUAUUUCUCGGACACUCCCUGCUUUUACCACUAAUGGAGAAGUCAGAGAAGUGAGAUGAGGAGGCUCCACAGACGCUGUCCCUGCUGCCGACACCAGCUUCCCUGCAGAUGAUGACUACUACUCCCACCAUAGCUGACGCCUCCUCCUUGGACGUGACUAAUCGGUCGUCACUGGCACUUUGUUGCACCCUGUCCCUGAUACAAACCGGUGAAGUCACCACCCACUGAUUACUCUACCUGGCCGCCCCCAGGUGACCGCACCUGAAGAAGCCCUGCCCAGCCCAGGAGAACAGUCAGCAAUCCCAGAGCGAAGGCUUACUGUACGCAGGACUCUGCAGGGGACACCUUACCGUCUGAGGACAUCCAAGACUACUUUUUGGAACUCCGUCUCAGCUGAUGUCCCCGAUGGGGAUGAACAGAAGGAGCAACCGUGGACUUGUGCUCCUCUGCGUUCUCCUGCAGAUCGCUGGAGGAUUGGCAGAAUGGGAGCUUUGUAUUUUUGGAUUCAGGGAAGAAAAUUAUCACUUCACCGUGCCCAAGUCCUUGGAAGCAGGAACCGUAGUGGGCCAAGUGGACUUUGAAAAGUGUGAGGCGCAGCUGGUGAUCGACUACGUGUCUGAGGACCCCCAUUUCGUGGUCCAAGCGGACGGUUCAGUCACAGUGAAGAACGACUUAAAGCUCCACAAGCCAAGAAAGUUCAAGGUCCUGGCAUUUAACGACAAGGGUCCUCUGACCUCCACCAUGGUGACCCUGAAGAAGGAGCACGCCCGCCACAGACAGUCUGAACACGGCCACCACCACAGAAGACACAAGAGAGACUGGGUGAUCCCUCCGAUCAACAUACCUGAAAACCAGAGGGGUCCAUUUCCCAAAACUGUUAUUCAGAUUAAAUCUAGCAGAGCCGACGAGAUGAAGGUAUACUACAGCAUCACAGGGCAGGGGGCCGACACUCCACCCGUGGGACUCUUCACCAUAGAGAAAUCCACCGGUUGGUUAUACAUCACCAAGCCCCUGGACAGAGAAGAGAUACCGAGCUACAAGAUUCUUGUUCAUGCCGUAUCGGCAAGUGGAGCGGCCGUGGAAAAUCCGAUAGAAAUAAUUAUCACGGUCACGGAUCAGAACGAUAACCGCCCGUACUUUACCCAGCCAGUCUUUGAAGGCACAGUGGCUGAAGGUUCCACGCCAGGUACGCCCGUGAUGACUGUGACGGCGAAGGACGACGACGAUUCUGUAAAUGCGAAUAAUGGGAUUGUCGCCUACAAUAUCAGUAGUGUGGACCCACCGCUUCCCUACCCAAAUAUGUUUGGCGUUAAUCCGGCGACCGGUCUGAUCAGCGUUUUGCAGACUGGUCUCGAUCGUGAGAAAUAUCCUCAGUACACGCUGACCAUCACAGCAACAGAUCAAGAGGGCGAAGGUUUCACGACUACAGGUAAAGCUGUGAUCACCGUCACCGACACCAACGACAACCCUCCGAUUUUUGAUCCAAAGACAUACGUAGCGAGCGUCCCCGAAAAUAGGGUUGGCGUCGAAGUCGCCAUGCUGACGGUCACAGAUGAGGACACUCCCAAUACAGACGCAUGGCAGGCCGUGUACAAAAUCAUCAAAGGCAAUGAGGCCAAUAAUUUCGGGAUAAAGACUGGUGCAGACAACAUGGGUAUCCUGACGACUGUGAAGGAGUUGGACUUUGAGAGCAAGAGAGAGUACGUUCUCCUUGUGGCGGUCACAAACAAUGUUGCAUUUUCGGUGCCUCUCGUGACCUCCACAGCGACGGUGUCCGUGACCGUCCUAGACGUCAACGAGGCUCCUGUGUUUGACCCCAACCCAAAAAUUGUUUCGGUCUUAGAGGAUUUGCCCAGUGGACAGGAGGUGGCAUCCUACACGGCUGUGGAUCCUGACAAGGCGCAGAAUCAAAAGAUCACAUACUAUAUUGGUAAUGACCCGGCUGGAUGGCUGUCUGUGAACCCAGAGAACGGCAUCAUCACUGGGAAUGGCCAGUUGGACCGAGAGUCGAUGUUUGUCAAGAACAACACGUACAGAGCCAUCAUCUUAGGCGUCGACAGCGGUUCUCCAGUUGCCACCGGAACAGGGACCCUCCAGCUUAUCCUCCUGGAUGUAAAUGAUAAUGGACCGUUUUUGGAAACUCCAUACGUGACAUGGUGCUUGAAGAGCCCCGACCCGCUACUCAUCAACAUCAUUGACCGAGAUGAAAGGCCGUUCACAGACCCCUACAUGGCAGAAAUCAACCGCGAGGCCCGGGAAAACUGGACCACCACCCUGGUGAAUAACCAAUUUGAGAUAAAACCAAAGAAGGACCUGCCUGAAGACACGUACCAAGUGACUGUCACCAUCGCGGACAGUCAGGGGCUGAAAAAUACAACCCUGCUGAGGAUACAAGUCUGCGAUUGCAGAGAAGGAUCAACGUGCGAUGGGCCCAAGGCCCAGGAAGCCGCCAUGGGCAUCCCGGUCAUACUUGGCAUUCUUGGGGGCAUCUUAGCACUUUUGAUUCUGCUGUUGCUGCUUCUGCUGUUUCUGAGAAAGAAGAAGGUUGUGAAGGAGCCCUUACUGCCCCCUGAAGACGAAACGCGUGACAACGUGUAUCACUACGACGAAGAGGGCGGCGGCGAGGAGGAUCAGGAUUUUGAUCUAAGUCAACUGCACCGUGGUCUUGACGGCCGCCCGGAAAUCACUCGCAGCGAUGUGCCAUCGCUGAUGCCGGCUCCUCAGUACCGCCCACGUCCAGCCAAUCCCGAUGAAAUAGGGAACUUCAUUAAUGAGAAUCUGAAGGCGGCUGACGAAGACCCCACCGCCCCUCCUUACGACUCGCUCCUUGUGUUCGAUUAUGAAGGCAGCGGAUCGGAGGCCGCCUCCCUCAGCUCUUUGAACUCCUCCAAUUCAGACGGCGACCAGGACUACAGCGCCCUGAAUGACUGGGGCCCUCGCUUCAACAAGCUGGCGGACAUGUACGGAGGAGACGAGGACUAGACGGCGGCUGUAAGCUGACGCCCGGGAGUAAUAACGGCAAAAAUUGUGACGUUUUUGAUUAUUUCACACUGGACGGGAGGCUGCUCAGUUCUGCCGCCCCCUGGGUGUCAUCGCAGGACGCACUACUGCUACCAACAUUCACGAGAUGCUACUCCAGUCUAUAGUUUUCUUUGUCUUUUGUAUCCUUGAAGCAGUGGCCUCCAACCUGUGGCUCUCAAGCCGUUAAAAAACUACAACUCCCAGCAUGUCCUCAUAGUCGCAGACUGUCAGGGAGUGCUGGGAGUUGUAGUUUUGCAACAGCCGCAGGUCUACAAGCAAUGCUGUUUGCCAAACGUAUACAGACUGUGUUGUGCUUAUAUCGGUUUUUUUUUUUGUUGUUUUUGUAUUUUGUAUUUUUUGUGAUUUCGUCUCUUUAUGUAAUUUGCUUAUGGGAUGUUAAUUAUGGGUAAUUAGAAUGGGAAAAUUCUAUCAAGAGAGCUAUAUUUUUAUGAAUACGGUCGGAGGUUACAGUCCAAAAAUAGGAAUGAAAUCUGCUUGGUUGCCAUGGCAAUAUAUAUAUAUAAAAGCAACUAAUCCCUAUCCAAAAUUAAAGGAGUGAUUUGAUUGGUCAUGGGGUAACUUCUCCCCUCUCUAAUUUGCAUAAAAUGGCAGCCUUGACAGUACCUAGACCAAGGCGCCCCUCUAAGUACAGAUAUUUUGUCUUGUGGGAAUGGUUUCGUCCAUUUUUAUAGAGCUUCCUCGAUAUCCGCACUACAUAUAACCAAGAGAAUUCUGACACUUUUGGUGUCAUGGAGAAAACCACUGGCUGUUAGAAGGUUGAUACCAUACUGUAACAGCAAAUACAAGGAACAUAAGCAGGGGUGUGACUGUGGGCGGGGCUGGUUGAGGUCACACCCCUGCCCUGGGACUGGGCCUUUAUAAAGAAACCAUUAGAGUCUAUUACAUGAUAGUUGGGGGACCCGGUUAAAGAUUUUGUACUGGGGCCCGAGAGCUUCAAGUUACCCCCCUCGCACAAAACCUCUAAAAUUUCACAUGAUAGCCGAGGUCCUUAUGCCAUCUAGUGGAGUUCUCCUGGUUUCAAUAUAAGGGUCUAUUCCAACCAAAACUGCA